CGUGCCUCAGCGCUAACUGCGUUUGCGUCGUUGAAGGGCAUGAAAUCAGGAAAUGGGAUCGAUCGGCUCGCAGUGGCACAGAGGCAGCUGGGUGACUGUCCUGUGACACACAUGACAGAUGGGAGAGAGACGGGACCCUGCCAUUAUCAAUGUCUACACAACUUUUCGGUGUGUGGGAGGUGUUUUUGGGCAGACCUGUGUGUGUUAGCCACUGUGCUGCCUGCAAAAAUUAUGAGUUGGUGAUCCUGAAGAGUACUAUCGAGGUUAUUGACAGCAAUCCUAUAGACAAUCCUAUUGGAAAACCACAAAAAUUCAUGUGUUCUAGUAAUGUUUUUGUGGCUAUGGUAUAUAUUCUGCAGUACAGCAGCAGUGCAGUAGAAAAUCAGCUGAAGCUUUACCAAUUUGUUUGAGGCUUAACCAAAAAGAUUUGUUUUGAAAAGAGCUGUCAGGUAAAAGCUACCUAGUGUGCUUGGGUUGCUUUUGGGAUGGCAAAAUUAAUGAAAACAAUGAUCUGAACAUCUUUAGGCAAUGAGGAACACAGAAAUAUGCAUUUCAGCCCAUUCAUCGACUCUGUCACAUGUAAUAAGCUUUACUUGGCAUCUUGGUAAAUGGCAGUUAUUGUCAAUGAAAGAAAAAUAUUCAGCAUUCUCAAAAGAAGCUCUGGCAAAAUGGUCAGAAAAAGGAAAAUGGCAAGCGCCGCUUUGGGCAGUAUUCAGAGUCUGGCUUUAAUUGGCUCACAGGAAUGGAAAAAUGGUGUCUAUAUAUAACCAUUAGCAUACUGUUCCUAAACAAUAAGCUAGUGGUUGCUUUCUUUUUUUCUUUGCUUAUGUGGCCUGUGGCAUGACAGUUGCAAUGUAAAGGCAAGAUCCAUCUGCAGUUCUCUAGGACACCCAAGAUGGCUCAGUCUGAACCUUUCUGAGGCCUGUGUGAGUUGCUUUUGCGUUAUGCUUUGAGUAGGUGGUUAUACAUGGUCUUGGCUGCUGGUAUUUACAGCUAUGGCAUUAUACUGGGAGAAGUUAGGAGCACUGGGUGUUACUCUUUAGACUUCAGAAUUUGACAGUCACAGCAGUUCAAAGCUUGACUCUUAUUUGUGUUAAUAAUUAGAUGAAGGGAGGCAAUGUUUAGAAAUUGAAUGAAAAAUAAUGUUUAAGAUAAUGUCAAGAUAUGAAACAUUAAACACUGAAACUUUGAAAGUCUGGUACCUUGUUUUGUCAACAUUUAAAAAAGGUUUGCAAGGUUCUUCCUUUAGUGCUUUCAAAUAUAAAUCUAAGCUUGCUCCACCUUUAAAAUUUUGCUUAGAAAGAAACUUGACUUAGUACAGAGUUUUGCUAUAGUGUUUUGAAGAAACUUAGUAUUUGGAAAUUGAUGUUUUAGUGGCAGGGUGCUUGUAAAAAGAGCAAAAUAUGACUAUAUAUAAGCAUACUAAACAAUAUGGGUAAAUAACAUUGGUAGAAUAAAAGCAAGUAACAGCAAACUCAACAGCUUUGGCCAAAAAUAGUCUGGUUUGAAGCUAGUUCAGUCUGGUCUGAACUAGUUUUGUAAAACCCUUACUUGCCCUGUUGCUUUAGAGGAAAAAAGCUGCUUGGUGUACUUGAAUUACUACCCAACAAAGGAAAAAUAACCUACUUAAAAAUGUUAUCAGACUUCUAAAAGGAAAAAGACAGGAUUUAUGGAUGGCUGCUUUAAUAAACAGAUAAGCUUAGUUUUUACAAAAAAUACUUUAAAAGUACCAAAAACUCACUACUGAAAGAUAAUAUGGGGAUUUUGGUCAGGUUGCUGAAGGAGGGAGGUGCAGUGUGUUCAGCACUGCUUUCCAGCUUCUGCAAAAGCAAUUAAACUGCCUCCAUUCCUCUGCUAAUCUUGUUUAUUUUCUCCUCCAGCUUCUCACUUCUACUGCCAAAAAAUAGAAACUCUAUUUCUCCUGCUUGCUCUGUAUCACUGACUCUCUUCUUCUUGAUGUGAAAAUGCAUGAGGUUUUAGGCAAGCCAUAUAUAUUGGAGCUAACAGUGCUUGUGGAUAUUAGCCAGCCUGGGAAGGAGCCACCAGCUGCUCUAGCAGAGCUGGAUCCACGUGAAGGGGGCCUGUGGUCAGUGGCACUGGGGCUUGUAAGAGAAGACAUAAAGUUGCUAGACUGUUACGUGGAGUCGGAAGGUGUAAAGGUGGCAAUGCCCUCUUUGGAUUUCAAAAGAGAAAGCUUCCUCCCCAUGGGCCAGGGUAAGGUACAGCCCAGAUGGUAAUGAGCCUUGGUGACACUGGUCCUCUUAGCAUCAGUCUGCUUAUCUCAGUGUUAUUCUGCUGUGGGGGAAAACACUGAAUAUGAGGGAUUAGAGAGGUCUGAGGUGCAGAGAGAAUGCAGCAUCUGGUUUUGUUCUAGCUAUGAGCGAAGGCAUUUAGAAUUAUAUUUUUGUGUGUCUGCUGGAACAAUGUCCCGUGAAUGCAUUCACCAGUUGGUAUUUCUUAUAUACCUGCAGGUGAGAAUUCAGUGGGAAAUUAGGAUCUCCAGAGGUCACUGAAAAAUAGAAGGAAAUUAAAGGUGUAUUUUUAAUGGAAAUAUCUUUCCAUUAAAGAAAAGGGUGCAGAAAGCUCAAAUAAAACUUUGUGUCUUUGCUGUUAUGUAUUGAUUCACAGCUUUACAUCUCUUAUGAAAAGAUGCGGCAAAAUGAAUGAUGUGGUUACUACCUACAGCUUUAGUUAUUGUUUCUGUCCUGCUGCUUUGGCAGACAUGACUGCAUGGAAUGUGUACCGAGUGAUUCAGUUCAUUGCAUAUAAUUUUCUACUGCCCCUCUCAUAGGGUAGCAAUUUUGGGAGAUAGGGUAAAUAAAUGCCAUGUGAAAUACUUAAAUCACAAGAGGCCUUUGAUUUCCCUUCAAGAGGGCGGUUUGUAAGUCAUUGCCUGAUAACUUCCUCGUUCUGAAAACAAAAAUCAUGUGUCUUCAAAUUUUUUUUUCUUCUUUAUUUUUCCCUUUUAUACUGAUCUAAGCUUUAGUCCCUUCUUCUCAGUGCUAGCAGGCUUGGGCAUGUAUUUUUCUUUAGUUAUAAUUUAGCUGAGCCACUGAUAUUGACUGUGCUCUUUAGGGAGCUUAUAAGAUUAAAUAGGAUGUAAGAUUUACUUUAGAUACUGAUGUUUUAUUAGUUUAGUAUAGACAUAUUAUAGGAACAGUCUGAGUUGUGGGCAACUUACAGGAGCAAAUUUUUUUAAGCAUCCCCAAGAAUAUUUAUACCAAAUGUCAGUGUAAACCUGUGUGUUCAUUCAUGUGCAUCUUAUCACUGAACCUUCUUUGAUGCUCUUGAAAUGUUUCUCUUAUAACAUAUUUCAUUGGUUAAUUUCCAUGCAUCAAGUAGUUUGUAUAUCCCUGUAAUAUUAUUUUAUUAUUAGAGAGAGAAAAACCAAACAGAAAACCACUAACAGAAAGCAUUGUGCUGCUCUGUAUUCAGAUUUUUCUUUUGCAGUGUAGUGCUGAAUGUUUAUGUCCUGUACUUGUUUACUCUCCCUGGUUGUUGAUAAAAUCAGAUAGUGGCAUGGUCAUUUUAGAGACUGACAUGUCACUUCUGAUGUGCUUAGCUCUCAGUCUUUAUUCAGUUCCAUGUGUGUGCAUGGAGGAGCUUCAGUGUCUUCCUAGCACUGGAAGCUGAGAAUAAUGUACAGCCUGUAGUAAUUGUUUCCAGCAAGUUAUGCACUGCACUUGCUGCUGGAGGACUGAGCUGUUGGAAGCCGUCCCUUGUGCAAUUUGGCAGCCACACGGCGGUAGGAGAUGCUCUUGUAUUAAAAAGCACUGCAAUGUUUGCAUGCUGAAACUGCUAUGCAAAUGUGAUAUAUAAUGCGCAAAUGGCUACUUCUCCUUAAAGCAAGUUGUAACAACCCAGCAGUCUAAAGCUAAAUCUGAGAGGAAAGUUCUUGCCCACCUGAACCUUUUAGGAUUAAAUCUCCCAGGAUUUUGCCUAUUCUAGCAUCUGCUUCCAUCUAAAGUAGUAGAUCUUCCUACUAAAUGGGCCAAUAUAAGAACUGUUGACUUUUUUAGUCUCCUAGUGACGGCAGUUAGUGUAGGGGAGGUGUUGUUUCUAUUCUAUAUUGGACAGCUGCGUUUUCCAGAGCAACUUCAAGGACACAGAAUUUAGUUUGUGUCAUGGCUUUGGAGGUGUUUUAUUGGUUGUUUGGGGGUUUUGUUUGUUUGUUUGUUUAAAGGAGGGGGAUUAAUUAGCAACAGUAUUGUGAGAAGAGUGUUUUCUCAUUCUCUGAACAUUGUUGUAUGUAUAAGAACUUGUGCUGAGCUUGACAAUCAGAUAAUGUGGGGAUUGAGUUUUGAACAUCUGAAAUGAAAACUUAAUGUGUGAGCAUAUAACUGUUUGUUAUGAGAUGGCUAGGAUAGCAGUGUCCGCAUUUUCCUGUAUAAGGUCAUUUUUGUCAUCCAUUGGGCUCAAAGAAAUACUAGUAGGGUGACUUGGAUGGCAUAUUAAUUACAGUUGCUAUAUUCAGAUGCCUGGAUCUAGAUUUGAAUUGAAUUACAACUCUGGCUGAAUUUCUUGCAUGAACUUACUUGGAUUAAAGUAGUGUGCUGAGAUCCCCUCCCUCCCUCACGGUGUGGUCAGCUGGGCUGUGGAGGAGGCUUGUGGGGCAGCUGGGCCAGCUCUGUCUGUGGUGGCCUUCAAGGUGUGGCUGGAGAAAACCCUGAGUGCUCUGCUCUGAGCUUGGAGCUGACCCUGCUUUUGGCAGGGACUGGAAUAGAGACCUCAUAGGCCCCUUCCAACAUGAAUUAUCCUGUGGGACUGGAUCAGAACCUGGUUAUGCUGAGCAUUAUGCAGAAGGGUGUUAGUGUUAGCCCUAAUCUUCUGUCCCAAGGUUAUCCUGGCAGCUAAAAAUCUUUCUUCAACAGAAGUAAUUUCAGUUGAUGUUAGGCUGUCAGUGCCUCUUUUCUUUAUCUGAGUCAGAUCUGUCUUUUUCUGUUGCAAGCCUUUUCCUGUCAAUUUUGCCAAUCACUAUUUUAGAUUCAUAGUGCUGAUAAAUGUCCACACAAAUUCCUGCUAAUGGUGAAAUAAUACAUCCUGUAAAUAAAUCUGGAAAUAUGCACACAGAAAAGAAUAGAAGCAAAGGUAUUACCUUGAUGAUGCAUUAGUCUAAUAUGACCAAAAUGUUUGUAGAUGCAGCACAGAUUUGAAAGAGAUUCAAGCAGGAAUUGCCUUUUGAAAGCAAGCUGGGCUAAUGAAAGCAAGAUGAUUUCUUAGUGUUUCUAGGUCUUGGUAAUAAAGAUUCAGACAGAGUAGCCUGCAGGAGAGGUGAGCAGAAACCAGUUAGUUAUCACAUCUGGGCAGAAAUUUGAAGAAUAUUGCAACCCUGGAGGAAGGAAAUAAUUUAGAAGAAGUGUUUUAGAGAAGAUUGAAAAAAGAGAGGAAAAGAAAGAGCAAGGUAUUUAAAAUACCUUGUAUUGGGGCUGGUAAAGAUUGAGAUCCUGAAUUAAAUUCCAGCAGGGAUCAGAGAGCCGAAACUGAGAAGACGACUACCAGAAAACUCCAACUUAAUUUUGGAGGUAGCUUUUGGGAUUUACCAGACUACAAUUUUAAUUCUUUCAAAGUGCAGAAGGGAGAGAGAGAGAAAGGCACAAUUCUCUUAAUGAUGUGUGAUGUCAGUUUUGGUGAUCAUGACGUGCAGGAUUGUGAUAUCCUUGCAUUGUCAUUACAGUCAGCUCAGUAAGCAAACUGCAGACCCUUUGGGAGAUUGAAAAGCAAAGUUAAAUCUCCCAACAAAGAAUCUGCAAAAUGUGGACAAAGUGAAUUUAUGUGAAGGUUGGCACAUAGAAGGUUAAUGCCUAAAAUACUGCCCUCGCUUUGGGUGGAGCUACUGUGCAAGAAGUGAAGCUGGUUUACAAAAGCCCAGCAAAAGGGACCUGAAAUUCUUUAUAGAAGUGUGUGUAAUAUUCUGUACAAUGAAGAAGAGCUGAAAUAGUCUUUUUCUCUUGAACAGCUUCUAAGGCUCUGUCCAGUUGUUGUUGGAAUGCGAGCAGUGCUCGUGUUAUUUGGUGCAUCUGUGGCCAAAUGUAACACCGAACAUUUGCUUGAAGGUUUCAAAGUGAAACUCAGUCCUAUGGCACAAGCAAAGUGCUGAUUAGCGAGAGGUUAAAUGCUCAUAUUUCUGGGUAGAUGUAAAAAACCCUUAACAUUGCUUCUCCCUCUCUCUCUCCCUCCCUCCUUCUCUCCCUCUUCAUGGGUAUGAGUUCUGUGAGUUCUGUGGUCUCACUGACAACAACCGUGUGAUCCUUCAAAGACACCAAGAUACCCACACAGUGGGUGUGGGGUCAGUGAGUGAAGUCAACUGGCCUCUGCCUCUCCAGGGGCUGUGUGUGUAGCUUGUCAGUAAGAAGGAGGGAAGCACAGGCUCUUUUGGCUUCCCUUUUUCUCCUGGCAUUUAAGUUACAUAUUAAACUGUGACCGCCCCCAUCUUUAAACCCUCAUGAAAAGUCUUCUUGUUGGCCACCACAUCAGAACCUUGAGAGAAGAGCACCAAAGGAUGCCCAGAGAGUGAGGCAGGGCAGGACCAGGGAAUGCUAAAGUGUGACUUAGAAGGUACAUGGGAGUAACAGGUGUCUCAGGGAGGAUGAGGAUGCAGAGCUGGUCCUAUGGUCUGGCUAGAAGUUUCUCAGUGGGCUUGACAAACCAACACGGAGAGUAAAGAUGGAUGGUGACAGCUCCACAACAGAUGCUUCUCAGUUAGGAAUUGCUGGAGAUUACAUUGGUGGCAGUCACUAUGUCAUACAGUCUCAUGAUGACACAGAAGACAGCAUGAAUGAUCAUGAAGAUACAAACGGUUCAAAAGAGAGUUUCAGAGAACAAGAUAUAUAUCUUCCAAUUGCAAAUGUGGCAAGGAUAAUGAAAAAUGCCAUACCCCAAACAGGAAAGAUUGCUAAGGAUGCAAAGGAAUGUGUACAAGAGUGUGUAAGUGAAUUCAUCAGCUUUAUAACAUCAGAAGCAAGUGAGAGGUGUCACCAAGAGAAAAGAAAAACCAUCAAUGGAGAGGAUAUUCUCUUUGCCAUGUCUACCUUAGGGUUUGAUAGCUAUGUUGAACCUUUGAAGUUAUACCUCCAAAAAUUCAGAGAGGCAAUGAAAGGAGAAAAGGGAAUUGGGGGAACAGUUACAACUGCAGAUGGUCUAAGUGAGGAGCUCACAGAAGAAGCAUUUACCAACCAGUUGCCAGCAGGCUUAAUAACCACAGAUGGCCAACAGCAGAAUGUUAUGGUCUACACAACAUCCUAUCAACAGAUCUCUGGUGUUCAACAAAUUCAGUUCUCAUGAUUUUGAAGAAAAUUUUCCAUCUGGGAACAUGAAACGGAAAACCUGUGCAACUCUAAUGAAGAGGCAGUUUUAAUGACUGGUGAAGAGAUUUAUCUCUUUGUAUAUUAAAUAGCUGUAAUGUAGCUACCAGAAGCUUGACUAAUUGAGGUGUGAGUUCUGACUCAAAUCUUUUUCAUGAUGAUUUUAAAGAAAUAAUUGGAUUUUAAAGGUAUUAAAGUAUUUUUGUUUUGUACAAGAGAUUGUUGCUCUGUAUAACUCCUGUAUGCAUUGUAUAUUGCAAUUUAUUACUGUCAGAGAUUUGUAGACAGUUUCUUAUUUUCAUAUUGAAUCAUGUUUUUGUAAUUCAGGUAAACAGCUGGGUUAAUUCAUGCUUACCCUUUGAAUAAAAUUGUAAGGGUAAAGUUCAUUUUUGAAUGCAAGUUGCCUUUGUUAUAAAGAUGGAGUUAGUCUUGGUUAUGUAACUUGUCUUGCAUGACAACCUCAACUAACCUGACAUGUCAGCUUAUUUAUUGAGAUUUUUUAAAGGACUUUUUCCUCAUGAAACUAGCAGCUCAAAAAAAAAAUGCUACAAUUGUUUUUUCUAAUAUAACUUCUGAAUUAAAGGUUAAUCAAAACCAAUGAAUGCUCUACUACAUUUAGAGGUUUAGCACUUAUCAACAGUGUUUAUGAAAGUACUGACUGUGCAAUGCAGGUUUUCUUUUUUUUUAAAUUUUUUCAGUUCCAUUAAUUCUCCUUCAACUUACUUUGGUACUUUUAAGGUAGUCUUUCUAUUGAAAUAACUCCUCCUUUUUAUGUAUGGCUUUAGAAUCCCAAACUUAGAAAUCCAAGGGUAGGGGGGAUUUUAUAGUCCUUGUGGUAAAAUAUCUCAUUUAAACUUUUUAUUGAAAUGUUUUAAUGUUUCUUGGGAGCCUGUGGGAACUCAAAAGUGGUAGUGACUUUCUGUGUCUGGGCUGCGUGUUGUGUGGUUGUGUAUGUGCAUGAGUGGCUGACAGCUGAACAAGUGAUACAAAUCUGGAAGAUAGACUUCAGGUUUGCUGUCUGUUUCCUGCUUUUGCAAUAAACUCAACCUAGGUAAUGUGGUUCUA